GCUCAGCCACCCAGACUUAUUAAUGGGGAAAAAUAUGUAUAUAAGUAAAAGGGUUGGGGGGCUGGCUUGACCAUGGCUUGACCCUUGCCAAGGACAGCCCCGAUGGAAAGAUGGCAUUAAGAGAGAGAGCUGUUCGAAAAAAGAUGAGUUUCAAAAGAGGCGAUGCAGUUCAGAGAGAGAAACUCCCGGAGUUUCAGAGGGAGAAACUCCUCCUCCUCAUAAAUCCUCGGCCGGUCACCCAUAACUCCUCGCUCUCUUCCUCUCACAUAAAUCCCUUACCUCCAUUACAAUCAUCUACCCCCCCUUAACAACCCAUGAAUCCGGAAUCACAGACCCACCGAAUUACUAAAUGCUUCCUACCAAUCACCACUGAGAUGACAGAGAUUUCCAACUAUCUAGAGAGAGUCGCUUCAGUUGAAUCUUUCGACAGAAAAAUUAAGGUCGAUGACGUUGCUGCCACCCUCGCCCAUGCCGCCAAGGUGUCAGGAUCCGGGUCCACCAAGCAAUUAGAGGAGGAAAACCACUUCUUUGUCUCAUGUCCUUCCAGGAAGGUCAUCCACACCCUCAUGUUCAUGGGCCAUAUCUGUGGGGAAGGUUUCUCGCUUGUGGUCAGCCCCUGGGAUCAACACAGAGGAGCCAGGACUCAUAAUCUUUGUUACAAGCGCUUCUUGCCUUCAGAAUUUGGGAUAGAUCCUGCAAGGAUGGGUCAUGCAAUAGCCCCUGGAAGAGUGGCGUUUGAUGAUAAAAUGGUGGUGAGAAAGGCCAUAGAGGAUGCUGGAAUCCCCUUCACCUAUGUCUCUGCUAAUUGUUUUGCGGCUUACUUUGUUGGAGGCCUAUGCCAACCAGGGCAUAUCAUUCCAUCAAGAGAUGGUGUCUGCUUGCUUGGAGACGGCAAUGUGAAAGCAAUUUUUGUUGAGGAGGACGAUAUAGCAAUGUACACCAUCAAGACGAUCGAUGACCCCCGCACGCUCAACAAAACAUUAUACAUCCGGCCACCAGAAAACAUCCUCUCACAAAAGGAAGUAGUUGAGGCAUGGGAGGAGCUCAUUGGCAAAGAACUAAGCAAGAGCAGUAUUUCAGAGGAAGACUUUCUCACCAAUAUUAAAGGUCAAGACUAUGCUUCACAGGUAGGACUUGGGCAUUACUACCAUGUUUUCUAUGAAGGUUGUUUGACAAAUUUCAAGAUAGGAGAUGAAGGGGAAGAGGCUUCUCAGUUGUAUCCAGAAGUCGUCUACACUCGAGUGAAAGAUUACCUUAAACAAUAUGUGUAAUAUAAAGGCAGUUAUGCUAUUGUAUUAGUCAUGAAUAUGCCUCUUGGAGUUUCCAAGUAUUGUCAAUCAAAAUUCUAUGUAGCCUAAUUAGUAGCUAUAUCUUUUGGGAUGGUAAAAUGCAUCAUGUAAGGGGACACAAGGGACAAUGUGUAACUAUAUAAGUCCUUCUCAAGUCCUCUUGUAUGGCAUAAGAAGUGAUGUAACGACAAGUAACAUAAUGAUUAUCAUUUUCUCUCCA